AUGGAGACUCAUGGACGUGAGUCAAUUGCUGCCAAACUUGUUGCAAACUUGAUUACAGAAGUAGGUGCUAGUCGUGUUCUUUCUUGCGACCUUCAUUCAAGAUAGGCAUUGGGAUAUUUCAAUAUUUUUGUUGAUCAUGUAUUUGGGCGGCCUGUGAUUCUUGAUUAUCUGGCGAGCAAAAAAAUCUCUCCAAUAGACUUGGUAGUUGUUUCUCCUGAUAUUGUUGGGGGUGUUGUCCGAGCACGUGGUUUUGCCAAGAAGAUAAAUGAUGCUCCUUUAGCUAUCAUAGAUAAAAGGAGGCAAGGGCACAACACAUCAGAGGUAAUGAAUUUGAUUGGCGAUGCCCUAAAGGGGAAAGUUGCUGUUUUGGUGGAUGACAUGAUUGACGCAGCUGGUACUAUCACUAAUGCUGCAGCUGUACUACAGAAGGGAGGAGCUAAUGCAGUUUUUGCAUGUUGUACUACUACUGCUGUUUUUAGGUAA